UUUCGCGAGCGCCCGGCCGGCCGGCAGGGAGGAGGAGAAGAAGACAGGUGUUAACCCUUCCGCAGCCACGCCUGGCCAAGCCUUGCUGGCGCCCCCGCCCAGGCAGCCACACAAGCCGGGCCCGGGUCGAGAAAGUCGGAGGGCGGCCACGCACACAUUGCCCCCCCCUCCGGGUCGAAGGCGUCGCCUGGUUUUCCACUUCGCGCUCUUUGGCCAUUUCCCGCCCCCCUUCCUCGACCAUCCCCACGACCGACGCUGCACCAGGAGGCUGGUCAAGAGUGAAACUCGGAGCGACUUUUGAAGAGAACGAGGGAGAAGAGAGAGAGAGAGAGAGAGAGACUGGGGGGAAAGAGGCAACUGACUCCCAAGGGGUGGACAGAGAGAGGCCACUUUGCGAAAGGAAGCGUCUCCAAUGAACACUGCGGAGACAGCCCGGCUUUUGUGAGGCAAGUGGGGCUGCCGGGCGCGAUGUGAGGAGCAGGGGAGCCCGUCUGUCUCCUCCCGAAAGAGACUCGUCGCCCCGUGUGAACGAGGAUGUGGUUUCUGAGGUUACCUAGAACGUGCUAGAAAUUGGAGUCACAGAAAUCUGGACGGCGCAACAAGGGUGGUUGGGAAAAGUUUCUGCUCUACGUCGCCUCUUGGCAGCUGUCUGGAGAACUGCGGUCCACACUGGAACCAUGGACACCACCAGUGGCCCCCAUGUGAUGGCCACUAAUACAGUCAGCGAUUAUGUCAAUUAUGAAAUCAUCAUCAAGCAUUACAACUUCACUGGGAAGCUAAAUGAGAAAGGGGACCAUGGGAUCAAAGCCUCUUCUGUGGUCUUUAUCAUCAUUUGUUGCUUCAUCAUCCUGGAGAACAUAUUUGUCUUGCUCACUAUCUGGAAAACCAAGAAGUUCCACAGACCUAUGUAUUACUUCAUUGGCAACUUGGCACUCUCGGACUUACUGGCUGGGGUGGCUUACACAGCCAACCUCUUGCUGUCUGGACACAAAACCUACACCCUUACUCCUGCCCAGUGGUUUCUUAGGGAAGGGAGUAUGUUUGUGGCACUGUCUGCUUCAGUCUUCAGCCUUCUGGCCAUUGCCAUUGAGAGGUAUAUUACAAUGCUGAAGAUGAAACUCCACAAUGGCAGCAAUAGUUUCCGUUGUUUCCUGCUGAUCAGUGCCUGUUGGGUGGUCUCUGUGAUAUUAGGGGGUCUCCCUAUUAUGGGGUGGAACUGCAUUGGCAUUCUAAAGAAAUGUUCCACUGUGCUGCCUCUCUACCAUAAGCAUUACAUCCUCUUCUGCACCACCGUGUUCACUGUCCUCUUGUUAUCCAUCGUGGUUCUUUAUUGCAGAAUCUACAUCUUGGUAAGGACAAGGAGCCGUAGGCUGACCUUUCGGAAGAAUGCUGCCAAAGCCACCCGGAGCUCAGAGAAAUCUCUGGCCUUGCUGAAGACAGUGAUCAUUGUUUUAAGUGUGUUCAUUGUCUGCUGGGCUCCUUUGUUCAUCCUCCUCCUGCUGGAUGUGAAAUGCGAGGUCAAAACCUGCCCAAUCCUCCUCAAAACUGAAUAUUUCAUCGUCCUAGCUGUUCUCAACUCAGCUACAAACCCCAUCAUCUAUACGCUAACCAAUAAGGAGAUGCGGAGGGCCUUUGUUAAGAUUAUGUGGUGCUGUAAGUGUCCUGCCAAAGACUCAGGGACCAAAUUCAAGAGACCAAUCAUUGGAGGGAUAGAGUUUAGCCGAAGCCGAUCUGACAAUUCCUCUCAUCCACAGAAAGAUGAGGGUGACUCUCCAGAGACAAUUGUGUCUUCGGGUAACGUCACCUCAUCAUCUUAGGACUUUGUGCGAAGAAGAAAUACGGCCCCUCGAAGGCCGACACAAGGGGAAUGGCUCUGCUCACUUGUCUCCAGCCAGAAGGAGAAGAGCUAUGGGAGAAGAGAUUGGUUUGAAGGGAGAAAAUGAGGCACUUCCUAAGGUUGAUGGUAUAAGAUAGAAGGAGGAACCCUUCCUGGAAGUUCAUGUGUUGGCUUUAUGCUGAGGCAGCUUACGAUGGUUAGGAACGUUCAUGCCCUAAAUCAUUCUGAAGGACUAAAUCUUUGGUAAAACAACAUAUAUUUAAUGGAAGUGUGAGUGAGGGGAGAGAGAAGUUAUCUUCAAAUGUUUUUUUUUCCUUCCUAAGACAAAUGUGAACCCCUGAAACAAAGAUCUCACUGUUCUUGAACAAUGGGCCUUCUGAACUUACUUCAAAGCAAGGGAAGCAAAAGUGGUGAUGUAUUCUGGGUAAACAAAGAAAGAACUUGAGGAUUGUGCCUCAAGAUUGGCCAGGUGCAGACCUUCAAUUAAAAGUAGAUGGCAAUUGGAUGUUGAAGGCUGUAGUUGGUUUGUCUGAGAAACACAGCCCCAUAUGUCUUCUUCCAGCUGAACUGCCUGAGAUUUAGUGGGGCUUUACUUGAGUUAGGUUGGGAUGCUUCGAAUAGUAGCACCAUUUGGACCUUGCAACUGAAUUGAUUUGGCAAAUUGAAUUUAUUAUUAAUAAUUUUUGUGGCACCUCUCUACACAAAAUGUUGUAAAAUUGCCAUCAUUUUGCCCACUUUCACAAUGUUGCAGUUGUGGUUUAGGCGAUGAGACUGUUCUAAGCCUUAGGAAGGUUGAACAAAGUUGAGUCUCCGUAGGUUGUAGACUUCAUCACUGAUGGAUCACGACUAGAGUGGAGAGCACUGCACCCAAAGUUUGGGGAUGAGGUGCCCCCACCUCCUAAGUCCAUAAGCCACCACAGGCUUAAGUUAGUAGACUAUGGUCCUCUGUAUUACACUCCAGAACAUUUUAUAUCUCAGAACAUUCAUAGUUUUAAAAGAUGUAAAUAGUUUAUCAAUCAAUGUUCACCGAAGGUAUUCUUUGUGUUAACUGAAUGUAAUUUGUUUCUGCAUCAAUUUCUUGUCUAAGUGUGUGUAUAUUAUAUAAAUAUACACACGUGUGUGCAUCUAUUUUCUAACCUGAGAUGAUCAGGUUGAUUAUGUACUGUGUAGAGAGGUGAUAACAACAAGCAUAGAAUCUUUACUGUACCUAAAUGGCUUUAGUCUUACCAGACCUGUGGCUUCACCUGUAAUCCAAAUCUACAGGGUACUAUCCAAUUUAAAUUAGUACCUAGGCUUGCCUCUUGUCUCCAAGGGUGAUGACAUGCAAAGAAACAACAAAAGUUUUUGCAGUUGAGCAAGAGAGUAAGAGUAUCAUGAAAAGGGCAAGAGGGGGUGGAAUUGAAGAAUCUGUCUCUUAAAAGCACCUCUCCUUCUUUCUAUGGGAGGGAUCACAGCUCAGCAGAAGAGCAAAUCUUUAUAUUCAGAAGAUUCCAGAGCAAAACAGUCUGAAGGAAAUGGCAGUGGUUUGCCAUUCUGGCGGGAGGGUUCUGGAGUUUAUACUUUUCUAGCCUUUGAUAUCUCCUGGUGUGAUCCACUCAUGGACUGAACCCCCUCCUCACUUGAAGACUAGUGACCUAGAGCAUUACAGUACUGUGGAAAGAAUUUGAUGAAGUCAAGUGAUUAAUGUACAAAAAUUGGUUGAAUUUUUUAUGUGACUGACAUUUUAGUAUUAUUUCCAGUGCAAUUUCUUUUAUAUAUAUAUAUAAAAUAGUAUUUAAAAUGUU